AUGAACAAAGAUCAACUUAUUAAAUGGAUAUCAAAUGUGAUUAAAACAAAAAUAAUGAAGAAAGAAGAUUAAACUAUUUAUGAACUAGAAGCUAAAAUUGGAAAAUUUAAGGGCUAAAAUGUCCAUUCCAAUAAAUAUUUACAAUCAAUCAAAGGGAUGGAAUAAUUGGAUAAAAAUAAUUCAAAAUACUAGUUUGAAUCUAAGAUAAAUUUAAAGCAAUAUAAUAAUGCUUAUGAAUAUUUAAAAUAAAAGGAAAACUAAGUUGUCAUUUAAAGAUUAGACUUUUCAUUAAACAAACAACAAAGGAACUCAUUUCAAAUCAUCAAUAACUAAAUAUCUGCAGUAUUGAUUGAAAAGCAAAAGAAUUUAUAAGAAAACAUUGAUAUAAUAAAUGAUAAAAUUCAUUUCAGAAUAUCUCUAAAUUAGGAAAAAACUCUAUCAAAGAGCUUAAAAGAUAUCAUUGCUCAAAUGCCUUCAAGAAAAUAACAUGCAAACUUUAUAAGAUUGAAGCAAACCUUAUUUAUUAAAGAAAACCAUCUAGAAUUUGCACUUUCUAAAGUUUCUUCAAUCGUCAAAUAUGAUCCCGAAUUUUAAAAGAUUCUUGAUGAAAUUUCUUCAUCAAAAUGCAUUAAUAUUCAAAAUAAAUUAGAAUAGAUCUUUAAAGAUUAGAAUCUGACUGAUUAUGAAUUUGAAAUUGAAGUAGCAUAAAUAAAAGAUUUUAAUGAUGAGUAAAUUGAGUAAUUAUCAAAAGAUCUCUUAAACUAAAUAGAUGUAUUUUGGGGCAUAUUAAAUUUCAACCAAAUUGAGGAUGAAUAAAAACCUGAAAAGAAAGUCAGAUUGAAUCAAAAUGAAUGA